AUGUCAAAUGCUCAGAAUGCCUUCUCGCUUGCCGGCAAAGGCCUGAAGUUGGAUACCAAAGAAGAUCUCGAGCAACACAUCCAACCCCUCAUAGACCAUGAGAAUGUCCAGAGCCUCGACCUCUCCGGCAAUACAUUCGGCGUCGGUGCCUGCGAAGCACUCGCAUCCAUACUCAAGACCAAGACAUCCCUGACCACGAUCGAUCUACAUGACAUCUUCACAUCCCGCCUACUCUCAGAGAUCCCACCUGCCCUGUCUGCACUGCUCACAGCAGUGCUCGAGUGUCCGAAUGUGCACACGAUUGAUCUAAGCGACAACGCAUUUGGUCUCAAUACCAAAGCUCCCUUGGUCGACUUCCUUGCGAAGCAUACACCCUUACGACAUCUCAUUCUGAACAACAAUGGCAUGGGCCCGAUUGCUGGAACUUCAAUAGCAGAGGCACUGACUACACUCGCUGAGACGAAGGUUGCGGCCCGAAAAGAAGGCAAGGAUGUGCCAGACCUCGAAAGUGUCGUCUGCGGACGUAACCGGCUCGAGAACGGAAGCAUGAUUGCGUGGGCCAAAGCAUACGAGGCACAUUCUGCAGGCAUAAAGAGCGUGAAGAUGACCCAGAAUGGCAUUCGACCAGAAGGCAUCGACGUUCUGAUCUCCGCUGGGCUAUCGAAGUGCUCGAAUCUCGAAGUGUUCGACCUACAGGACAACACGUUCACCUACAGAGGCGCUGCAGCUCUGGCCACGGCCGUCGGAGGGUGGACCAAACUGAAGGAACUAGGCGUUGGUGAUGACAUGCUUGGAGCUCGCGGAUCUGUGAAAGUGUUUGAGGCUCUCGGGUCUGGUAACAGCAGAGCUGUAGAAGUUCUUCGGUUACAAUUUAACGACAUCACACCGGCCAGUCUCAAAGUCUUAUUGCAAACUGCCAAGGAACUGCCAUCUCUCCGUCGCGUCGAGCUCAAUGGCAACAAAUUCGAAGAGGAAGAUCCUUCGGUGGAAGCCCUGUCAGAACUGCUGUCAGAACGCAAAGACGAAGCCGGGGAAGAUAGCGACCCAGAGGACCACUGGGGCCUCGAUGAGUUGGACGAAUUAGAAGGUGAGGACAGUGAUGAGGAGGAAGAGGAAGAAGAUGAGGUGGAGGCGGACGCUGAGGAAGCUCGCGCAAAGUUGCUUAAGGACCAGGACGACGCAGAAGAGGCAAACGUCAGCCAGAAGAAGGAUAAGGACGUGGACGAGCUAGCGAAUGAAUUGGAGAAGACUGGGAUUUGA